CCUUUCGUUGAAACACAGAAUAAUGGAAAAUGUCCAUUCUUUGUUUACAUAGCUUCAUAGAAACCGGUUAACUGAUGAGUCAAAUAUUUUCGUACUGGUGAAUUCAAGGUUUAUUGUUGUUGCGUGAAGAUAAAAAAAAAAAACAUACUUAUUGGGCCUUAGUCAUGAAACCACCAAAUCUAAACGUAUCAUUUGUUAGCUAUUAUUUCCAUCAAGAAAGCAAUCAGGCUUAAUUCACACUACACACAUGAAAUUAAUGUAUGUUAUGAGUUACAGUAUUAGAAAUGACCUUUAAUAAAGCUAAAGAUCAUUAUCCUCUUAAAUUGACAUACAUUCUAAUUGUGAGUCACUGAACUCUGCAAAAAAAUAUAUAUAUAUUAUAAAUUUAAAGCAGACCGAAGUGACUGUCCUGUCCUUCCUGUUCUACAGUCCAGUCCAAGCAAGAUAUAAAACUCUGGGCUAAGUCAAGACUUUGCAUGUAUUUUGAGUGUCUGCUGUUAUUUUCCUAAUGAAGUUAGCUCACAUUCACUGUUUUCACAAAGUCCUGCCAAAUUUGCCUAAGAUGCACAGAGACUGCCUGUUUUCCAGUGUAAUCUUCCCUGGAACUGAAGUUUGCUCUUCGAUUCUUUCUAACAUGGCUUUCUUAAGGCAGAUAUGUGUUUACUGCUGGAUUUCAGGGGGUUUUCUGUUACUUGUUUCAGCUGAAUCCUGUAAUAAUGAUGAGGGUAACAGUGUGGAUUUCAGAGGAAAGGCCAAAUGCGUUCUGGGGGACGUGUGCUAUGAACUCGCCGAAGAGCCGAAGACCUGGGCCCAGGCGAGAAGUGCUUGUGAGAAACGAGGAGGGUAUCUUCUCACUUUGGUUGACUGUAAAGUUAAGCAGUUUUUACUGAAUCUGACCAGAGAGAUUGAUGUAACGUCUGGAGCCUGGUGGGUCGGUGAGGGAUUAAUGGGACUGUAUCAGAAAAAUCCUGUUAAUGGCACAUACACGGAUAAUACUAGCGAAGAAGGGAGUGGCCCACUGUUAUGCACCUAUUUGCUUCUGGAUCCAUUCCAACUGGUGACCACACCCUACUGCGACAUGACCUUGGGUUACUUGUGCACUCUAGAUUUUUAUACUCAAACAAAUUCUUCUGCAAAUGAAAGAGUACGAAGAGAAGCAACUCAGGAUCAACAAAUAAGUGACCUCUUACAAAACAUGGAAAAUACAAUAACAGACAUAUUAAAUCUUCUCAAGAUUGCAAAAAACACAUUAAUUUCACUGGAAACUCAACCAGUUCAGAUUUCACAUGAUGGCAAGAUCCAGUACCUCAACACCCUUCUUAAUGGAGUAACAGUGGCUUCUGCUCUCUGGACUAAUGAGACAUUGGACCUCAUCGUAAACUGUACUGGUGGGAUCCUCAUGUACUCAUUAGAGCAGUGUGAUGAAGGAGGCGCUGCGGCUGAACAUUUUGAGGACCUGCUUUCUAUUGCUUACAAAAUUUACGAGGAGAUCAAUCGAAAGAGGUUCAACACGGCGACUGGGACACUCAUCAUGGAGCUUGCAACAGGCACUCUUUACGCUAGCACGCAGCCAUCAAAACAGCUGGACCAAAAGAUCAUUGGGUCACAGGAGAAAGGCCCCUAUUUCCAACUUCCCUCUUUUUCUGCAAUGCAGUCCCAGUUGCCAAGUGAAUCUGUUAAUAUUCAGAUGUUUGAUUAUAAGCUGAAUCCACUGAGUGAAGAAUCGAAUGAAACCAUCACUGGAAAUGUUUGCAGUUUAUCACUGAAAAAUGAGACCUCUGAGAUUAAGCUCAGUAAUCUCACAGAGUUAAUUGAGAUAUUUCUGCCUCGUGCUGAAGCUGUAGAUCCCGCAGCUGUAGAUUUGUCCUUGACACAAGGGUUUUCUGUCAUCACGUCCUUCAACAUCUCUGAUAUGAACUCGACUGUCAUCGUGUCUGCCAGGCCUGACCAGAAUGUGUCCCUUCGGCUGCUCCUGUCUCAGACUUACCAGACCAACAUCAGCAGUGCUCAUCGGAAGACCAUUAUCUCUGUCAAAGACGAUUAUCGCUGGCUGAUCCAUCCUGAUAUGAUGACUGGAAGUAACGGAACCUGGCAUGUGAACAUAACACCAAUCAACUACACAUCCAGCCUACCGCUCAAAGUCUCUGUUACCGUUCUCAACUUUAAAUGUGUGUUUUGGGACACAGACCGAAAAGAAUGGAGCAUAACUGGUUGCUGGGUCGGCCCCAAAACAAUUCCCAACAUGACGCACUGCAUGUGUAACCACAACACAUUUUUCGGGAGCUCCUUCUUCGUGAUGCCCAAUCACGUUGACCUGUCUAAAACAGCAGCCCUCUUCGCCACUGUGAAAGAAAACUACAUCGUUGUUGUCGUGCUUAGUGCUUUCUUUUUUCUGUAUCUAAUCAUCGCCAUGUGGGCGUGGUACGCUGACCGGAGAGCCCUGAGAACGCGGAAGAUGACCCUGCUAGAAGACAACCAUCCAUGUUCUCACUAUAACUACCUGCUGAACAUACAGACAGGGCAUCGCAAUGGGUCUGGCACCUCGGCCAAGGUAAUGAUGACCCUGGAGGGCACUGAAGGGGAGAGUCAGGCCUAUUACCUGUCUGACCCAGACAAGCCAGUGUUUGAACGAGGAGGGGUCGACAUGUUCGUGCUCAGCACGCCGUUCUGUCUGGGAGAGCUCCAGAACAUCAAACUCUGGCACGACAACUCCGGAGGGCACCCUGACUGGUACUUAAACAGAGUCACGAUUCAGGAUCUGCAGAAUCGGAAGGUCUGGCAGUUCUUUUGUUCCACCUGGCUGAAACCAAAAGGCGACAGCACCUGUAAAGUUACCUUCAAUCCAGCAAAGAAGAACGAGAUCGCCAGUUUUGGCAAUAUUUUCCAAUCUCGGACGUCCACUGGGUUCCGGGAUGAGCACAUUUGGAUGUCGAUUGUGGACCCGCCGCGGCACAGCCCUUUCACCCGCUUGCAGAGAGUGUCCUGCUGCAUGUCUCUGCUGCUGUGCACCAUGGCCAUCAACAUCAUGUUCUGGAACAUUCCCACUAACGAGGAAUCUCCCGUCAUCAUUAAGAUAGGGUCUUUUUCCCUCACAUGGCAGCAGAUCAUGGUUGCGGUGGAGAGUGCUCUGCUCAUGUUCCCUAUCAACAUCCUCAUCGUCACCAUCUUCCGCAACAUCAAGCCUCGCAUUCCCCCCCUCCCGGAGAAGUCCACGACUAACGGCAGCAGCAAACCCCCCGCUGUAUCCAUGCAGACUAUUCUCAAGGACACACAAGACAUGAUGAAUCUGCUCAGCAAAAGCCCGAAAUGUCGAGCGGUGAUAACCCAUCUGAAGCUGGAGUCAAGCACAGAUCUGUUCUACGCUUUAAAUCAAGUGCAUGAUGUCAUUCAGAUUAUGCAAGGAGAGAGUGAAGGUGACCAGCACUGGGUCCACUGCAGCCGUUUCAUCUUUUACUCCAUGUGCCAUCUGUCUCUGUUGCUGGAGAACGUAGCAGAGAAAGCUUUCCCCAGCCCUGAGGAGCUCCAGCAGGCCGUAAACACGGUGCACCUGUUGCUGAAGAAGGCUGAGAUGGUGUUCACCAGCCACUCUGUGCAAAGCACCGUGUCUGUCCCUGCCAAGCAGAAAAACACAGGCUGCAAGCUGCCCUGGUGGUUCGUUUUCGUCGCAUGGGCUCUUCUCCUGGGCAUAAGUGGUGUCUCGACCUUUUUUACCCUGCUCUACGGCUUUCAGUACGGGAAAGAGUCCUCCAUUCGGUGGUUCAUCACCCUCACGCUGUCUCUCUUCCAGAGUAUUUUCAUCAUCCAGCCGAUGAAGGUCGUAGGUCUGGCCAUCUUCUUCGCGCUCAUCCUGAGGCCGGUACGUGUGGAGGAGAGGGAGGAGGUGACCAUAUUACUGCAAGAACAACGAGAAAAAUGUGAGACCUACUGUGGACGAAAACUGUAUUGAUGCAUUCCGACUGAAGAACACUGAAAGCACCAAGAUGAAGACCUUCCUUAAUCACAUAAAACAAACAUAACUAAAACCCUACGUUUUU